AUGGAAGAAACGCAAGUGAGCAACACCAUAAGAAAAGCCCUUUUAGUCAUAAACUGUUUAAUACUAGCCAUCGGAAACUGCGGCGGACCAAUGAUAAUGCGUCUAUAUUUCAUCAAAGGAGGCAAGAGAAUUUGGUUCUCGAGCUGGCUACAGAGUGGAGGAUGGCCUAUCAUUUUCAUCCCGUUACUCAUCUCCUAUUAUUACCGCCGUAAAACACAAGGUUCCCAAAACACAAAACUGGUCCUCAUGAAAUACCCGGUUUUCGUCGCCACAGCAGUCAUCGGCGUACUCACCGGUUUAGACAAUUACCUGUACGCCUACGGGGUUGCCCGGCUUCCCGUGUCGACCGCGGCCAUCGUGAUCGCGUCCCAGCUCGGUUUUACGGCGUUUUUUGCUUUCUUUCUCGUGAAACAAAAGUUUACUCCCUAUUCGGUCAACGCCAUCGUUUUGUUGACUUUUGGAGCCGGGGUUUUGGCGCUGCAUAGCAGCGGAGACCGGCCUAAAGAUCAGUCGAAAAUGUCAUACGUUUUGGGGUUUAUUAUGACACUGGCGGCUGCGGCUUUGUAUGGGUUGAUUUUGCCUAUGGUGGAGUUGAUGUAUAUGAAGGCUAAGCAAGCUAUUACUUAUACUUUGGUGUUAGAGAUUCAGCUGGUCAUGUGCUUCUUUGCCACUGCUUUUUGCACUGUGGGGAUGCUCGUAAACCAUGAUUUUCAGGCACUUCCGAGGGAAGCAAGAGAAUAUGAGCUAGGAGAAACAAAAUACAACCUUGUGAUAGUAUGGAGUGCCAUAGUUUGGCAAUUCUUCUUUUUGGGAGCUAUUGGGGUAGUCUCAUGUGCAUCAUCAUUAGUCUCAGGGAUAAUGAUGGCGGUUUUACUACCAGUCACACAAGUUUUAGCUGUUAUUUUCUUCAAAGAAAAAUUCCAAGCUUUGAAAGGCGUUGCCCUUGUCCUUUCCCUUUGGGGUUUUGUUUCGUAUUUUUAUGGCGAAAUUAAACAUAACAACAAGUCUGAGUUGGAAGAGAAGACCCCUUUUCGAGCUACAGAGAUGAUGGUUACUCCCACGACUGACCCUUAG